AGUGCUUGUAAAAAUUUUGAAAUAUGUCAAAUAUUAUCAGAACUCAGUAGAUAAUCAGAUUUUAACGAGUAUUGAAGUAAACACAGUAGAUAAAGUUUUUUUAAAGUAAUUCAUAAUUCUUUCACUUUCAGAAUGACCGAAGAAAAUAUUUUCACAUUCGUACCAAACAUAAUAGGAUAUGCAAGAAUUGUUUUGGCAAUAAUUUCAUUUUAUUUUAUGCCUACUAACUAUGUUAUAGCCUGUACUUGUUACGUAGUAUCAGCCCUAUUAGAUGCUUUUGAUGGUCAUGCUGCCAGACAUUUUGAUCAAAGUACCAAGUUUGGUGCGAUGCUAGAUCAACUAACUGAUCGUUGUGGAACUAUGGGAUUGGUAACUGUGCUAGCUCAUUUUUAUCCAAAAUAUAGCUUUUUAUUUAUCAUGUCUAUGUGUAUUGACGUUGCGUGCCACUGGAUAUUUUUACACACAUCUGUAUUGCAAGGAAAAAGUAGUCACAAAUUUGUUGAUAUGUCAGAAAAUCCCAUUAUGAAUUUAUAUUAUACAAAUAAAAGUGUGUUGUUUCUAAUGUGUGCAGGUAAUGAAGCAUUUUAUGCUUCGCUGUACCUUCUUCACUUCACCGAAGGACCAAUUGUUGUAGGUCUGGGACUAUUCAAAAUAAUACUUUUCCUCUCUGCACCCAUAUGUUUUUUUAAAACUGGAAUUUCACUUUUGCACUGCAUUGUUGCAUCAAAAAAUUUGGCAAUCAUCGAUGUAAACGAGAGAAAGAAGUUGUCGAAGAAAGCAUUUUAAUAAAAACACAGACAUAUUUAUUGUCUCCUUGAAUAUCUUCAUUAGUCGUAUACGUUUUGUGAAAUUCUAGUCUAACAUAGUAUUAAGUACAAGCUAGUAGUUGAAGAAUUCUUCUCCCACUGACCAAUAUAUAUUAAAAAUAAUAUAAGAUAUUGUGAAAACUAAAUUAUUCAUCGGUUCAUUUCAUAAUCUGUGAUUUAACAUUCGUUGCACACUGGGGUCUUCCAGACCCCACCAAAUUCACCAAUAAACUGAUAUUUUAAAACGUUUGUUGGCUUCAGAAUCUCAGAAACCAGGUGGUAUAAUGGUAUUGAGGUUCAUUAGACCCCAGUUUGUGUUUCGUGGUUUUUAUUCUGGUUUCACUGAUUAUUGAAUUUGAGAUUCAUUUUGUUAUUAAAUGAUAUUGAAAGAUGUUGAUAUCCAAUACAGAGAAGCUCCAAGUCUUUGUAAAAAAACAAAAUGCUCCAAUACAGAGCAAAAUUGAUGUUGGAAAACUAAUCAACACCUUGGUUAAAAACUUUUAUUGUCACUGGACACAUAGUAGUGUUAAAAGCUCGUCUGAGUGCUGGGUACUCGUGAUAUGCAUUCUUCAUUCUUUAUGCACCAGCAGCAUUCCGGAUCGUUCUUAAUUCCAGCUUUGUAAGUAGACUACUGAGAGCUGUUAGAACAACACUUUUGGUCGUACCAAGAAUGGGCACAUAGCAAAGAAAAAUAAAUUUUGACUACUGUUUUUGGAGUCUUUCAACUAAAGAGUUGAAACAAUAUUCGAAGCCAACUGGUGCCAAAGAUAUUUUUCAGUUGGUUUUCACACGACCGUUCAUAGUUAAUUGUAGCCCCACUUGGUUCUACCAAAGCCGAUAUCCUUUGAGAAGCCGAUCAGGCGCUUUGUGAACCUUUUAUGUCAUUAGGCGAGCUAUGAGUGCUAGGCACUCACAGAUGACGCGGUUUACGGUUUCAUUCUCCUCCAUGCACCAAUGGCACUCCGGAUCGUCUGUAACGCCCAUGGUGGUCGAAUUUCGCGCCUGUUUAGUUGGAGCAGUUGUUCGGUGUGGUCCAUCCAUGUCUAUUCUUUACCGAGCCUGCCUUGCGAGUAGACCGUUGAGCUACACGAAAAAUGGGUUCAUUGUUGAGAGAUGUUUUUUUUUAUAUCUUAUUUGUGAUCUGAAGGGGACUUAAUUCGUGGUAGGGAUUUAUUAGCUUUAGCCCUGAUGUAGGAAAAAUUCCUCUGCAGGGUUUAUUUUGUGCCAAAAUGGAGCUAUCCCAAAUAUAUACUUUGUGUUUUUGUUUUCUAUUCCAAGUUUCUUUUCCAAUUCUUUUAUUCCUAUCAAGAAAUAUGACUUGGUAAGUUCUUACCAGAAGGAAAAGGGGAAACUAAGGAAAAAUAUAAAAUCGCAAGUGAAAAUUGUAGUAACAAAAAUGUUUAAUUUAAGAAUACAGAUUGGAAGAGAA